GCGCUUCGCCAAUUAUGAUGUCUCUUCUCCUCCUUUGCCUUUCAGAAAAGCGGCUGAUUUCCUUGUGCGUCGGUUGCGGCAAUCAAAUCCACGACCAGUAUAUUCUGCGGGUUUCCCCGGAUUUGGAAUGGCACGCGGCGUGUUUGAAGUGCGCGGAGUGUAACCAGUACUUGGACGAGACUUGUACGUGCUUUGUAAGAGAUGGGAAAACCUACUGUAAGCGAGACUAUAUCAGGUUAUACGGCAUCAAGUGCGCCAAAUGCAACAUUGGGUUCAGCAAGAACGACUUCGUGAUGCGCGCCCGCUCCAAAGUCUACCACAUCGAGUGCUUUCGCUGCGUGGCCUGCAGCCGCCAGCUGAUUCCCGGGGACGAGUUCGCGCUGCGGGAGGACGGCCUCUUUUGCCGAGCGGACCACGACGUGGUGGAAAGAGCCAGCCUCGGCGCCGGAGACCCCCUCAGCCCCUUGCACCCCGCCAGGCCGCUCCAGAUGGCAGAACCUAUCUCUGCCAGGCAGCCGGCUCUCCGGCCCCACGUCCAUAAGCAGCCGGAAAAGACGACCCGUGUCCGGACUGUCCUUAACGAAAAGCAGCUCCACACUUUGAGGACCUGUUACGCCGCCAAUCCCCGGCCGGACGCCCUCAUGAAGGAACAGCUGGUGGAAAUGACCGGUCUCAGCCCCAGAGUGAUCCGAGUCUGGUUUCAAAAUAAGCGUUGCAAGGAUAAGAAACGGAGCAUCAUGAUGAAGCAGCUGCAGCAGCAGCAGCCCAACGACAAGACGAACAUCCAGGGGAUGACGGGCACCCCCAUGGUGGCAGCCAGUCCAGAGAGACAUGACGGUGGCUUGCAGGUGAAUCCGGUGGAGGUGCAGAGUUACCAGCCGCCCUGGAAAGUCCUCAGCGAUUUCGCCUUGCAGAGUGACAUAGAUCAACCGGCUUUUCAACAACUCGUUAAUUUUUCAGAAGGAGGCCCAGGUUCCAAUUCCACUGGAAGUGAGGUAGCAUCAAUGUCCUCCCAACUCCCGGAUACACCUAACAGCAUGGUAGCCAGUCCAAUUGAGGCAUGAGGAACUUCCUUUCGCUGUUGUGGGCCUUGAAACCUUUCGCCCCCUGCUGGAGAGAGUGGGAAAGCUGUCACGUUUGGGGACUCGACAAAAAUGUAGAAAAAGGAAGGAAGGAAGGAAAAACAAAAAGUAUUUAAGACAAC